AUGUCCACGUCCCCGUGGUGUCCGAGUUCUACCGGCUGCGAUGGGUUACGCGCCCUUGCUUUAGAAAAAAAAAACACACAGAAGGAAAACUUCAUAGAAAUGGCGGAGGGUGCUUCGACUCUCAAGGGCUUGAGAGCCCAAAUGGCUGCAGCUGCACAGGCACAAGCCGAGGAAAGGCGCAGCUUGGCGGGAAACAGCCCAGGACCUACAAAUAACACACCAGCUAAACCUCAGGGGUGCAGGCCAGUACUUGACGGUGCCACACUUAGAACAGACGACAGACUGCGAGUGGCAAAAGAGAGACGUGAGGAGGCAGAGAGACAACAGGCUUUACGAGAAUCUCAGAUCAUGGAGCGGGAGCGCAAGGCCAAGCUGCAAGUGGAGCGUCAGAUGGAAGAGCGUCAGAAAAAGGUCGAGGAACAGCGAAGGAAGGAGGAGCAGAAAAGAUUGGCUGUGGAGCAGAAGAGGAAGCAGAAACAGGAAGAAGAAAAGGAGCAUUAUGAGGCAGUGAUGAGGCGGACGUUGGAGCGUAGUCAGCAAGUCGAGCAGAGGCAGAAAAGAUGGUCUUGGGGAGGACUGUCCACAGACUCAGAUGGACGAACAGGAGAUUCCGAUGCCAGUGCCUCAUCUCCAGUAACUAUAGCUAUCUCCUCUCCCUCACCAGAAAAGCCACCAAGGAGUCAUCAAGUGGACAAGCGCUCCACAUCCACCACAAACCUGAAACAGCCGUCUGAGGCUGGCAUCAGCAAACGCCUAUCCUCCUCCUCCGCCACCCUCCUCAAAUCACCUGACAAACGUGUUAAGCCAAGGAGUUCAUCUUGUAACCGGUUACCUAGCAAUGCCAAUGCUGAUCAGGCCAGUAAGGAAGACGACAAAAAGCUUCAGGUGGAACAGACAGGCCGUUCUGUGAAGAAGAGAAGUUCCUCCCUUACGCGAGUAAGUCUGGGCAGAGCACAGACCCCUGCAAAGCCUGAUAAGGGGACAACGGAUGAUCAAGCUCGCAGGCCACUGGCCACUACUGUGGAUGGAGGGGUCCUUAGUCGCCUGCUCACACCCACCCAGGCCUCACUAGCUAGGAGCAAGAGCGCUGCCGCCCUGUCCGCUGAAGGAACAGAUGCCCCAGGUAACCUCCGCUUAGGAGACCCUGAUAGAGAGGAAAGUUGGCCAGGGACAGACCUGAAAGAUAAGAAGUUAACAUCACCUGUGGGGCAACGUCCUGCCUCCCCAUCCACUCCAGGUCGGCACCGCUCGCCAUCGCCUGCCCCCAGUCCAGGUCCAAAGAGGACUCCUUCGCCUUCAGCACCCAAGCAAAGCCCUAAGAUGCGCCCAGCCUCUCCAGGCGCAAUGAAACAACGCCCACCGUCUCCUCAGCCUGCAUCAACCAAACCCCCGCCCAUCCAGAAGCCUCUCGCUCCAGCAGGACCACCAACCUUACGAAAGAGGAACUCCAAGUCCAAAGAUCUAUGUCCUGUUCAAGCUGUGGCUCAACAGUCCUCUGAUUCCAGCAAGACCAAAGACAAAGAUGACUCAAAGACUACGACAGGCACCAACUCGGCUGCUGAGGCUGCCAAGAUCCUGGCAGAAAACCGUAGACUGAUGCGAGAGCAGAAAGAGAGAGAGGAGAAGCUUAGGCUACAGAAGGAGGAAGAGGAGAGGUUAAGAAAAGAAGAAGAGGCACGUUUAGCAGAAGAGGCUCGAUUGAAACGUCUGGAGGAGGAAAAGCAGCUUGCAGAGGAGAGAAAACUUAGGGAAGAGGAAGAGGCUCGCCUAGCAGAGGAGGAACGGAUUAGGCUGGCAGAGGAGGAAGCACAAAGGCAGGCUGAGCUCCAAAGGGAACGCGAGGAGGCCGAAGCCAAAGCCCAGGAGGAGGCAGAAAGAGUUCGUCAGGAGAGAGACCGCAUUAUGCAGCAGAACCAACAGGAACGUAUGGAGAGGAAGAAGAGAAUUGAAGAAAUAAUGAAGAGAACUAGAAAAGGGGACCAAAAUGAUUUAAAGAGAGAUGAUGAUAAAUGCACACAGGAGAAUGAAGAUGAGGAAAUGGACCAGAUACACUGUGAGACUAAAAGUCUUAAAGGUCCAGUACCUGAGGGUCGCCUUGUCGAGGGUUCUGAGUUCACGAAUGAGCAAGACUCUACCAAGUUGGUCUCCACAGUCAAUGGAAAAUCCAACCAAUGGAGCUUUGAGGAGCUCAUUGACCUCAACGUCCACUCCAAGUCUCGACCCCUCCUUGAGGCGGGGGGCUGUAACAAUGUCUUGAACAAUUGUGACGGGAGCUCAGAUGGAACCAGAGUAGCCUUUGAAGACAAUGAAACCCCCAUCAGCACGCUGCAUUCCUCCAGUCAACCCAUAGAAGCCCUGCCAGAGAUUUGACGUCUGCGGCGUCGCUGAGAAGCCUCUUACUGUUGCACUCCUAAAGUUCCUGUCCAGUUGACCUCCUUAAAAAUUCUGUCAAUUCCAAGCAGCUUUCUCCCCUUUCUCCUCCUUUUCCAGAGGGAGGAGCACAAGGUGAAGUGGAAAGACCACCCAAGUGCUACGUUUGCACCCUACAUGAUGAGGAAACUAUGUAUUGAAAGUAUAUAUUAAUAAUUGUGCUUCAGGGAAAUGCUGUCUAUUCCUUCCACAUGCUCACCCUGGGUCUUUUUCCUCUUCCUCUUGUGGUUUUUAGUUCUCCAGAUUUUUUUUUUUUCUCAAUUUUGUGUCCAGUUUUGAUGAUUUUUUUUUUUUUUAAAGUGUUUGCUUUUGUCAGGGGUGCGUUGUUAUAAUUUAUUAAUUUUGGCUUCUUUGAUAUUGUAAUUAUUGUUAUCAAAUGUUUAGUCUUUUUUUUUCUUCUUGUGAGAAUAUUCCAGGACACAUGCACAAUAGAUUUUGUGAAUUAUUCUUAAUUAAUGGAAGAAAUUGUUAUACGUUCUGUUUUGUUGGGGUUUGGUGGAGGUGGCAUCACAGGUUCUCCAUGUGACUGAUCUAAAUUUACUUGACAGUCUACUUUUUGCAGCAACAUGGCCUUACAAUUUUUUUCCCUACUUUCUAAUUUUUUAAAACAAUUUUUUUUUUCAUGCACGCACAGUUUAGCAAUCCCUGCUAACCUCGGGAUUGCCUGUGUUAAUACAUUACUUGACUGGGCUUUUGUCAUUUCAUCCUCCUCCUUUGAUUCCCUCCCUUUCCUUCUUUGGCCACUAGAGGGCUUCAGCAGCAUAGCAGUUGCAUUUGAAGGCGAACCAUGUGUAGUUCCACAUGUUCAGUAAACUUUUUGCACUUGUUUGAAGCUCACGGUUGGUUUAGGUUUUCCUUUUUUUUUUUUUUUGCAUCUGUAUAUAGAAUACAAGUUUACUAAUAUUGUACUUUACAAGAGCUCUAGCUGGGUCCGGUUUUAGUGUCAUUUGUGGCGACUCCUCCAACUGUUUGUCAUAACACAGAGGUGAAAUCCUGUAGUUUAUUUUUAGCUGCUUCUGAGCUUCUUGACAUGGUGUUUGUUACUAAACUGAACUUGUGCUGAAACUAGGAAUCAGGCUUUCAAUGAUCCGAGCUUUAGUUCCCGCUUUGUGAUUCAUUCUUCUGUGUGCUUCAUCAUCAGUUCCACUUCUUUCCAACUAACCACCAUCUAAAUAUCCUGUCAAACUAGCUGCUACAUAUGACAAAAUGCAUUUCAACUAUUUUUGUAGUAUACAAUUUUGGCUGUUGGUUUAUAUAUGAAAAUGCAUUUCUACAUAUAUUUAAGUGUUAUUAUAUUGUGUAAAUAAUCAGUAUUAGGCAAAUGAAGCCAUGUUCAGGAUGGAGUGGCUCAGGUUGUGGAGAAUUCAAGAGUCUGUGUAAAUGAAUAUUCGGUUUCAGUUUGACUGGUGCCGUGUGACAGGGUUGCCAGGUUCUGUUUGGCCCACCUGGCGACCCUUACGUCCCCUUUCACAAGAGCUCAACAAAACUGGGUGGCAAUCUACUUUGUUUCCUAAGUUUCAGCUCUGUAUCUGCAAGCGCUAAUUCUAAAUUUUGCCUAAAAAAAAGACUAAACCAGUUGAGAUUUGGAUGACAGAGAGCCAUUUUUGUCCUUACAAACACAUCGAAACCCAUGAUAUGAGUCAUAGAUGUGCCUCUCAGUGCUUUUAAUGUCAUCAAAAUGCAAUUAAUGUCACGCAAAAGGACGUAGGGGUGUUGAUUGGUGGUUGCAGGUGCGUCUGCUCAGGAUUCAAUUGUUCUACUGUAGAAUAAGGAGGGCACUUCCACCCGACAAAAGCUGACGUGGGUCAGGCUGGUUUUCUGGUUCUUUGUUAUUCAUGAAAUGUUGAAUUUCUUGAUGCUUGAAAAGUCCAAGCACGAGGUUUGAGACCUUGAACUUUUGCCUUUUUCUCUGCUGGCUUACUAAACUCUCUCUGUACAUAUAAGGAGUCUGAGCUUUUUUAGCUUUUCAGCUUUGAUUAAUAAGCUCAAAGAAUGUAACAGACUCCAUAAACCGUCCCGCAAUAUUUACCACGUCUCUGAGCUUACGCGCUUUUAGCCAUCUUGUGUUAUUCUUCUAGGAAGCAUGAGACUUUUUGCACUGUCACAAGUUACCCUUCUUUAAACAAAGCACGUAUCUGAGGACUUUACACAGCUCCCCCAGGAGUCUGUAAACUUUCAUAAAGAAAAAGUCGUUUAUGUAGUUCUGUCACUUAUUCCCAUCCAGAUGUUUUAGUCUCAUUCGUAACCUGAGCCUUAGAUCUUUCAUACUCCGCUUUGCUUUCCUGAAUACGCCUGUCUAAGGAGUGGUCGUAGUUGCUGCUUGAACACAUACGGUGUCUGCAUGUUACAGGGUAUGGAUGCAGAGCUCACAGCACGUAGUCAUCAUCAUCUAUAAUGUUAGGUUAGAACGGUGCCUUAGAUUAAGAUUUAGUGUGGGUUGUUGGUUUUGUUUUUUUUAUUGUUUCACAGUCAACUAAGAAAGCUUCUCCUUACCUCGGCCUCGACAAUCAUUCUACUCAACAAGGGCAACUUUGUGAAUAUGAAUAUUUCUCUAGACGUUUUACUAACAAUGCCCUGUCCACAUAUUACAUUUGUACUGUAAAUAUAUCUAAAGUUUACUGAGAUACUGACUGUUAAAACAAUAAAGCCUUGAAAAAAUA